UAAGAUGGGGAAACUCCUUUCCGUGCUCAUGAUUGCCAAGCGGCCAGCGGAGGAAUUGCUGCGAUCUCCUCUGCACACUUAGUCCCCCUGACCCAUCCCAAAACUACGCACAUAACCCCGUGCCCUCCUCAACACUCCAAUCUCCGUGAUAUCUGCUAAGGCUCAUCUCCUCUCUAUGUCAGCUGUACACCGGCGCCUCGCCCUUUGCCCGUGAGUUGCUGAUCUAAGAGACCUAAUCUAUCCUCUCCCUGUCUCCCUUCUCUCAGGCUCCGAUUCUCCGCCAUCUCUACUUCCUGAACUCUACGCCUCUCAUCUCCACCAGCUCAUUAUCCAGGCCGGGCUCUCCAGACUCACCCAGCUGCCUGCAAACUGCAUUUGCUGCUUGACUAGACUGUUUCUUUUAUUCAACCCUCUCAUUCUGACUAUCACCUGGGUUUUUGCAUCAGAGUCCCACUUUGUUUUCAGCGCUCUCACAUAACAGUAACAGGCUUACAGCUUUUUAUAGUCGGCCAUCUCACAGAUGUCUGCAUGACACACUACAGCACAGAAACAGCAAAGCCACUUCCUCUUCUUAUUAUAGUCCAAAUAGAGAAGUAAGAAAAAAACCAGCCUAACUGGUGUGCCCACUGAUUUGGAUUACUGUCAUUUUCUCUCAGUUCCUUCAGAGAGCCUUCUUGCUUUACUUAGAGCCCAGUUCAUACAUAUUUUUAGUAGAAAACCCUGAUCUUUUUUGGGAUUAUAUCAAGACCGCCAGCAAUAUACAAACAUGAAGGGCCUCCUCCCCCUACUGUUCUGCAUAGAAAUCAUACUGGUACAGUUAUGUGGAGCUCAGUCUUCAAACACCUCUGGAGAAGGUAGUGAGAAUAGUUCAUCUGUCUCAGAAAGUGAUCCCCCUAUAAAUGACAGCAGCACGUCUAAUGUCAGCAUUGUGAUGAGUUCUCCACUGUCUUCAACGGUCUCCCAGGUCUCAAGUAGUCAUUACAUUUCAUCUUUACCUCACCCACUUUCCACUACCGCCAAGCCCACUACCACAAAGUCCCCCACCACCACCACCAUUACCACGACUACUUCCACCAUUGCAGCUAAGUCAAUAUUUUCCAAGAAGGAAUGUAUCUCAAGUUUGCUGGUGGCCGGCGGACUGAUGAUACUCUGUGUUAUCCUGCUGGUUUCUAGUUUGUUGUUGACAUGGAAGGUGUGCCACUUGAACAGACGCCUCAAGAUGCUGAGCAGCAAUAGUGACCUGGUCAGCAACACUGAAUACUGGAUGGGAAAUGCCAAGAAGAACAAAAGCAAUUCCAAAGAGGAAGCCAAAGAGAGCAGCCUAUUAAUGGCUGAUUUCAAUAAUACACAGGAGAAUGCUGGCAGUGAUGCUACCAAGGAAGAAGGAGGGAAGGUAAACAUGGACGGACAGAUGGGAGAUGAGAAUGAGGAGGAGAAGGGAGACACUGGCAAAAGCGACGAAGCUUCAGCAGCUGGGAAUAUAGAGGAGAUGCCUGUAACUGAUGCUGAAAACGCAUCUUCUUCAAGGCCACCAGAGGGUACCACUGAUUCCCAGGUCACCAAAGAUGGAGCAGCUUCCUCCUCUGAGGGCAGAGAAGAACCACAGGAUGUGGUGUAGAGAUGUGUGGCAAAGAGUUUCUUGAGCAACUGCCUUCACUUCUCCACUGCUUUACAACCCCUUUGGUGUAUAUUAGGGAUGAUUUUUUUCAGCAGCUUUUGCUUUACAGUAAGUUCAGUGUUAGGGAGUAGUAACUGAUAUAAUUAAACUAGUAGUUUAACUACAGGUCCUUUAUUUAGACCCGUGUUCAAGCUGUUCAUGCUGUCUAUAAAGGUCCAAGUUGAAGACUGUUUUAGUUGCUCAGAUUGUACAAGCCAGCUCAGAAAGACAGCAGCUCCAUUUUUACACCCAUGCUCAAGUCGGUCAAAUGGUCUAAAAGGGUGCACGUUUUUUAUUUUUUAUUUUACUGUUUUACUUGUAGUCAGAUGAUACAAAAUCUAUAUAACAUUCCUAGCAAUUGUAUGUGCAUAUUGUAUGUGUAUAUUGCAUGUGACGCUUUUUUUUUGUUAUAAUAUAGUAUCACAUGUACAUUGUCAGUUUCAUCCCUUUUUUAACCAAGUAGUUUGAACUAUUUUUUCUAAGUAGUAUGGUUUAUUUCUUUCUUAUUUGUGUGUUAUAAAUAUAUAUCAUUAUUUUUAAAGUACACUCUGGUGCGGGUCAACUUAUGUCUAAGACAUUUCACUUUUUGUUAAGUGAUCUAUGACAUUUAUGACAUAGAAACAUACUGUAUGAAACAGCCAGACAAAUAAAAUAUGUUGCAUAGCUCUGACAAUUUAAUCUGCUCAAUAACUGGCAACACA